CACGACUCGUAGCGCAACACGCGUUCCAGAACAUGUCGGCUCAAUCAACAUACCUCAAUUGCUCUCCUGGAAAGACGUUCAAACACGAGGAAAGGUUGAUCUUGUAUUUCAUGGCGAUGGUAGUUCUCAAGGCAAGACACUCGACCCCAGCCAACAAAGAAACCUUUGCUCACUGAACCGCAGAUCGCGUCCUCGAUGCUAUGAUCCCCCUAACGGCUCCAGGAUCAGCGGUAGCAAAGCCAUCUCGUUUCGAAGACACUUUCGAUCGGAUGCGGAAGAUUCAACUGAAGCAUAGGCCAGCACCGAUCACAACCACAUCCAGCGUUGGUAGUUGUGCCCAAAAGGACUCGAUCAACUCUGCCAAGGAGGAUAUCCGCAGCGAGCCACCAAGUGCAUCUUCUAACGUGACUACAUGGUCGUCGCUCUUUCACAAUCCUAGCUCUUCUGUAGCAAUCUCGAAUGCUUCACUCGAAGUCGCUGCCGAUGAGGCAACCUCAUACCAAGAUUCAACGCGUAAGCAAGAGAUCUUGCACCUGCCCACUUGGAGAAGUCCAGCCAAGGCUGCUCAAGAGAAUGGCCACCGACACAUCUUGACCGCCAAUCGAGUCUCUUCACCCGAGCAGACAGAUAAUAUACGCGCCGACGUGAUUGCAGCCACAGUGAAGGCACGACAGGCAGUAAUUGAGAUGCAAUUCGGUCCUGGAACACUUCAAUCGUUUCAUCCAUCGCAUAGAGCACUUCGACGACAGGGUGUUCUCCCAAAUUACGAUGUCAACAGUGUAUCCACCUGCCCUACUCGAUCGACUACCCCUCCAACAUAUCUGGGAGAUCCAUCCUGCGAACGCAACCGCAGUGCGAACAUACCCGAGGAGGAGAAUUGUGCUCUCUGGGUCUGUGGUCUUCCUGGACAUGUAACCUAUAAAGGACUCCUAGCUGCGAUUCGGGGCAUGGGUAAGAUCUAUGCAUCAGUCAUUAAUCCGCCAACUGGAGAGAUCAAGACCAGCGCUGCAAAAAUCGUGUUCUUCCAGAGAUUCCAGGCAGAAAAGCUGUUUGAUGUUAUCGAAGCCGGCCAAUUCGUCGUGUUGGGGAAGGUCGUAAACAGGGUCGCAUGGAACAAAAUCAAGAGCAGUGCCUAUCCUCACCUAUGCCAUAGCCGUGCGAUCCGAAUUACUGGUCCUCGCAAUUUGAUGGAUUUUGAUUUCUUCGAAAAGUUCUUCCUCCACAAGUUUGAAUAUGAUCUGGACAGAAGAGGAGUGGUUUUCUGCAACCGCCCCGGUCUGGUUUCUCAUGAGUGGCACUUUGGAUCCCUCCGUUGCCAGGUAAGUUUAUCUUCACACUAAUUUGCUGUUCGAUUGUGUGGGAGCUGAGAGUCAGGGAACUUGUCGGGAGCUUGUCAGGGCUUGCAUGCGCAUUUGUCUCGCGAGCUUGGCCCUCAACUCCGAGUUCCCUCUACGAAGUCAGCAA